AUGGACCGUUAUCUUCCUAAUAGAAAGGCCCUAGAUGAUAUCGUUCUAGAGCUAGAAAUAGUGGCCGGAGCUCUUAGGAGCUUCAAGACACUUGAAAUCACCGACAUGGAAGCUCUUAAGGAAGAACGUAUCAAUCUUUUGAUCGUUCGUACGCAAAUCAUGUCCACGGAACUGAACUUCAGAAGAGAACGCAAUAAAAUGAAUAGGUUUUGGUUUCUCAAGUUGAUUUUCGGCAAUGAAAUCUCUGAAAUUUCCCUAAGACUUCUUUCGGCUCGCGCUGAAGCCGAACGAGUCGAAGGAUACUUUGAGUCUAAAUUCAGGGAAAUAAGGGGUAGGAUCAGGACUCCUAGCGAGAUAUUGAUGGAAGAUGAUUAA